CAAUAUUACAUUUUUCUAGGUUGGAAGAACACUCCUAACACUAAUUGCUGAUAUAUUGUGUUGAUAAUCAACAAUGGCCAUGUAUAAAAAUUGACAAUUGAUAUAUAAAUAAUUGUCUUAUAAAUGAUAAGAAAAAUAGUUUAUGUAAAUUAUUAUUAUAAUAUUGAGAAAAAGAGAGAGACAUAAUUUUAUAAGUUGAACCAAGCUGGUCUAGGUGGUGACUGCUUGAGGUUAUGGUUAAAUUCAGUGUUUAUACAAUUAAUAUUAUCAACAAAGAUAUAUUUUUUAACAACUAAUAUUUAUCAUAAUAAAAUUGCCAUUGUAUAAAUAAUAUAAUGAUACAGUUUAACAAUAAAACUUGUUGAUUUAUAGAGAUAUUUUGUUUUGUUGACAUAUUGACACUGGAGAUAAACAACAACACAAUACAAUAAAUAUUAUCAAUGAAUGAACAUUAUGCUCACUGGAAUGGUAUGUCAUUUACUACCAAAUUCAAUAGACUUGUAUGGCGUAUUACAAUGUCUCGAUUAUGGAUGAAAUAUUUAUUAAUAAUUUCACUAUUAUUAUGUGGUUUUUAUUUAUAUAAAAUUAUAAAUGCAAGAGAGGCUGAAUUAAAAUUAUCCAAAGAAACAUUAAGUAUACCAAAUGUAUUUGUUGAUGGUAUACAUCAAGCCAAAGAUCAACUUGUCAAUAGUCAAUAUAAUAAAAAAUGUGAUGUCGUUCAUAUUGCCAUGGUAUGUGCUGGUUACAAUUCAACACAAUCAUUGGUGACAGUUGUUAAAUCAAUAAUAUUUUAUAGAUCAAAACCAAUUCAUUUUCAUCUACUUGUCGAUGAAAUAUCACUGAGAACAUUAAAAACAUUAUUCAAUACCUGGAAUUUACCAGAAGUUAAAGUAUCACUACAUUCAGCUGAGAUAUGGAUACCAAAAGUAUCAUGGAUACCAAACAAGCAUUAUUCUGGUGUUUAUGGAUUAUUAAAAUUAAUAUUUCCGGAUCUAUUGAGCCAGGAUAAAGUAUUGGCACUUGACACAGACAUAACUGUUCUCGCUGAUAUAUCAUUACUCUGGGAUGAAUUUGAUAAUUUUAAAAAUAAUAAUAUGCUUGGACUGGUAGAAAAUCAAAGCAAUUGGUAUAUUAAAAAAUUAUCAUAUGGACAAUCAAUUUGGCCAGCAAUUGGACGUGGUUUUAACACUGGUGUUAUGUUGAUGAAUCUCAAAAAAUUGCGAGAAUUUAAUUUUAAUAAAAUUUGGACUCGAAUAACAAAACAAGUAUUAAUGGAAGUUCAUGAAACAGUAUUAGCUGAUCAAGAUAUUAUGAAUUCAGUUAUUAAAAAAUAUAGUGAUAUUGUUGUUACUUUGGAUUGUGUUUGGAAUGUACAAUUGAGUGAUCAUACACAAAGUGAAACUUGCUACAAAAAUUCAAAACAAAUUAAAAUACUACAUUGGAAUUCACCUCGUAAACAGGAAGUACAAAAUAAGCAUGCAAUUGAUUUUAAUAGAAUGCACAAAGUUUUUCUUGAAAUGGAUGGUAACUUGUUACGACGACAAUUAUUUCAAUGUUCUGAAAUUAAAGUUGACAACAAUACAAAUAAAUUUGAUGAUUGUACAAAAUUUACAAUGGGCUCAUCGAUUGUUUAUCGAACUCAUUUAUAUUUUUUUGAAUAUCAAUACAAUCUUUAUACAAAAUCUGAUGUUGCCUUGGUAACUCAAUGCAGUGCUGAUAGAAUCACUUUGUUGGAUGAAUUUUGUCAAAGAUGGCCAGGCACAAUAAGCAUCACUUUGUAUUUAACUGAUGCUGAAGUACAAUAUUUUAUUGACUACAUACGUUCAUCAGAUAAUUUACGUAAACGUAAAAAUAUUGCAUAUCAUAUUGUUUAUAAAGAUGGGGAAUUUUAUCCAAUUAAUUAUUUGAGAAAUAUUGGUACAUCUGAAUUAUCAACGUCAUUUAUAUUUCAAGUUGAUGUUGAUUUUUUACUUCAACAUAAUCUUUAUGAAAAUUUAAUAUCAUAUAUUAUUAAAUUGAAUUUAUCGGAAACAAAUAAUACAGCAUUGAUUGUUCCUGCAUUUGAAACACAACGUUACAGAUUCACUUUUCCAAGUAACAAAGAAGAAUUACUCAAGUAUUUAAAUUACGGUGUAAUUUAUACAUUUCGUUAUCAUGUUUGGACAAGAGGUCAUGCUGCAACGAAUUACAGCAAUUGGAAGACGGCAGUUGUGCCUUAUGAAGUCACUUGGGAGCCUGAUUUUGAGCCUUACGUUGUUGUAUCUAAAACGGCACCACAAUUUGAUCAAAGAUUUAUUGGCUUUGGAUGGAACAAAGUUUCAUUUAUAACUCACUUGACUGCUCUUGGAUAUAAGUAUAUUGUCUUGCCAGAUGCUUUUAUUAUUCAUCGACCUCAUGCUCCUAGUUUAGACAUUGCUAAAUUUCGAACAAAUACAAUUUAUCGAAGAUGCCUCAAAAAGUUGAAGGAUAAAUUUGUCGAUGAGUUGAUAAAUAAAUUUGGUAAAAAUGCAUUAUUAAAACUUCAGAGUAUUUCUAAAGACUAAAAUAACGUAAAAUAAAAAGCUAUAUAUUUUAAAUUUUAAUAUUAACAUCAGACUAAAUAUUUUUAAAUAUAAAAAAAUUAUUUACACAAUA